UUGAAAACAUACAGAAAAAAAAAAUUUUGGCCUUCAAAAUAUCUCUAAAUUUUUUGUGAUGCGUGAAAUUGUUGCCCUGCACCUUGGGCAGUGUGGCAACAAAAUUGCAAACAGUUUUUGGGAAACGAUCUGCGACGAACAUUGCCUGAACGAACGAGGUCAAUUCAUAGGCAAGCAUUACCUGCCUCUGCAACGAAUUAAUGUCUACUUCGAGGAAGCCCCAUGCUGCAACUUUGUGCCUAGAGCCAUAUUUGCCGACCUGGAACCGGGUACGCUAAAUGGGCUGCGAACUAGUCGUUUCGGUAAGCUCUUUUCACCGGAGAGCAUGGUCAGUGGUAUUCUGGGAGCGGGCAACAAUUGGGCCCGCGGAUAUCACACCGAGGGUGCUGAAAUGAUGGACAGAUUAAUGAAUGUUGCCAGGAAGAUGGUGGAGAGUUGCGAUUGCUUCCAAGGAUUUCAGCUGGUGCACUCGAUCGGGGGUGGUACCGGAUCCGGACUGGGGACACUUGUGAUGGAGAAUUUGAAAGACGAAUAUCCUCGGAAGAUUCUGAACACGUUCAGCGUGAUACCAUCUCCAAAGGUUUCGGAGGUGGUGGUCGAACCGUACAAUGCGGUUUUCACCUUGAAUUCAAUGAUUGAUUGUAGCGAUGAAACCUUUUGCCUAGACAACGAAGCCCUAUUUGACAUCAACAUGACGACAUUGCGAAUCGAAAAGCCCACUUUGGACGACUUGAAUCACCUUAUUUCGAUGGCCAUGUCCGGAAUCACCUGCAGCUUCCGUUACCCUGGUCAGCUUAACUCGGAUCUACGAAAACUUUUAACCAACAUGGUGCCCUUUCGAAAGCUCCAUUUCUUCGUACCUGGAAUCGCCCCACUCACAUCCAAGGAAAAUCAGUGCUACAAGCAGCUGUCCGUUCCGGAAUUGGUUUAUCAGAUAUUCGACGAGCGGAAUCUUAUGGCUGCGUGUAGUCCUACAAAAGGUAAAUACCUCACGGCCGCUGCUCUAUUCCGUGGUCGCGUCUCAACUCGCAACGUAGAAGAGCAAAUGGCGAACAUCAGACAAAAGAACAGCAAUUGCUUCACUCCGUGGAUUCCGAAUAAUGUAAAGUCAGCCAUUUGUGACAUUCCACCGAGGGGUAUGAAGAUGGCAGCUACAUUCAUUGCAAACACAACCGCCAUUACUCAACUGUUCAACCGACUGUUGGACCAGUUCGGUGUCAUGUACCGACGGAAAGCGUUUCUUCACUGGUAUACCGGAGAAGGCAUGGAGGAAGGAGAGAUCACCGAAGCCGAACAGAACCUGCGGGAAUUGGUCAACGAGUAUGAAGCUCACGAUACGGGUGACGGUGGAGGCUCGACGAAGGGAUCGGUCUGCAACGAUUAAUGUUUAUUAGUUGAAUCGAAAAACAUCUGAUGAAUUGUAUCUGGUUCUAUCGAGGUAACGCACCUCACAAGCCGAUCGUCAGGCGUUGAGCUCCCCUGUUCGAGUACUUAUGACUUUUUUUUUCCGAAAGUACAUAGUUUCUUCCAGGCCUUGUGAAACAGUGAAAUAAGAGACUAGUGGAACAGUAUUGAAAUUGAUUCAGUAAUUCAAGGCUGGCUUUGCGAAUUUUUUAUUUUCUGAUUAUGUCUGGAUUUUAGUAGUGGCCAAGCAUUAAAAAUAAAUAAAA